AUGGCGCUGCCAAAGAACGCCCUCCUGGGCACCGCCGGCCUCACCCUCCUCUCGACCUCGCUCCUCUUCAUCUGGUUCCUCAUCCUCCCCGGCGUCGCAGACGACACCCCCUUCCGCAAGACAUACUACCUCCGCGCCGACACCAGCGGCAUCACCGGCGCCCGCCCCGUCUCCCAAUGGACCUACUUCUUCAUCUGCGGCCGCGACAACCAGGACUGCGGCGACGCCCAUCCCGCCAUCCCCUUUGGCUUCGCCUGGGACAGCAACGCCCAAAACGUCCCGCCCGGCCUCGGCGGCUCCCACGGCAGCCACACCACCUCCUUUCACUACUUCUUCAUGUGGCGCUUCGGAUGGGUCUUUUUGCUCAUGACGCUCUUCUUUGAGGUCCUCGCCCUCUUCACCGCCUUCAUCUCCUGCUGCGGCCGUCUCGGCGCCGCAUUGGCCUUUGUCGUCUCCUCCAUUGCCCUCUUCUGGUACUCUCUCGCCGUGGCCCUCAUCACCGCCACCUUUGUCCAAGCCCGCAACCGCUUCCACGACGCCGGCCGCUCCGCCCAGAUCGGCGCCUACGCAUUCGGCUUCCUCUGGGGCUCCUACGCCGCGCUCCUCAUCGCCGUCGUCCUCUUCGCCCUCGGCAUCCGCAGCAGCUCGGGCUUCGCGCUGCCCGGUCGUCGCCGCAGCACAAAGGCCGGCUCGCGCGGCCGCUCGUACGAUGGCCGUCGCGUCAAGGACGAUUACUCGUAA